AUGUGUUUCUGCAAGCCCUCAGCUGCUCAUGUUUACAAUUCGGCCCCUGCAAAAUUGGAAAAUUCUGUGAAUGUGAUAGCCGAGGACUCUGAUAAGUCGUCGUCUGGGGUCGAAGUGGAAAUCUCACGAGGCGAGGGCGCGAAUGGGAAUUGUGAGGAUGUGGAUUUAGAUGUAUUCAAAAGCUGUAUCAGAAAGCCCGGCUCGGCCCGGAAAAAAAGAGUGCAAUGGAAGGAUAAGUUAGGCAAGGAACUUGCUGAGGUCAAGGAGUUUGAAUCCAGUGAAACAGAGGAUACCGAUAGCGAAGAGGAAAUCAGCAGUUGCCUUUGUGUUAUUCUAUGA